UGUGGGACUAGCUUCAGCGACUUUAGUGUCGAUAUACCGUGGAGCAGCUGUUGUAGCCACAAGCUAGUUAGCUAGGUUUGAGGAGGUUAGAUCUCUCACUAGUCUAUCGGACAGUCGUUCAUUCAUUUAUUUGUUAGUGAUUUCAAGUUUGCUUUGACUACAGACCUUUCAGUAGCUCAAUUCUGACUUUGAGUCAACGAGGACGCAUCCCUUUGCCUGCCAGGGGUUGAUCAACAACAGAUUCGUGUGAGGGGCGAUCCAGCUAGCUUUUUUGGGUAGUGUGUGUUGGUUUUCAGCGAAAGAUUUACGGGUUUAUUCGAUCACACUCAAAUAGAACAGAACGUGAACGUAAUAACAGCCGAUAAUUUAAGUGGUAGUGACAAGAGUGAAAACAGGGUGGUUGUCGUUGAACUGGCUAAACUAGCUAGCUUUGUUCUCUAAAAGGUAUAGAUAGCUAGCAAUACUAGGUAUUUAUUUAUACAGAUCGUCGCGGAAUAUGGCUCAUGGACAUCAUCAUGUAGCCAGUUCCCAAAAAGCACUAAUGCUAGAGAUGAAAAGCCUUCAAGAGGAGCCAGUUGAAGGGUUCCAAAUAACUUUAGUUGACGAGUCGGACUUGUACAACUGGGAAGUUGCAAUAUUUGGACCACCAAACACACACUAUGAGGGAGGGUAUUUUAAGGCUCGGAUCAAGUUCCCUAUCGACUAUCCCUACUCCCCUCCAGCCUUCCGCUUCCUCACCAAGAUGUGGCACCCCAACAUCUAUGAGAACGGGGACGUGUGUAUCUCUAUCCUGCACCCCCCAGUGGAUGACCCCCAGAGUGGAGAGCUGCCUUCUGAAAGAUGGAACCCAACACAGAACGUUAGGACCAUCCUGCUGAGUGUGAUCUCUCUGCUGAACGAGCCCAACACCUUCUCCCCAGCCAACGUCGAUGCCUCUGUCAUGUACCGCAAAUGGAGGGACAGCAAGGGCAAGGACAGGGAGUACACGGAGAUCAUCAGGAAACAGGUGCACGCCACCAAAGCUGACGCAGAGCGUGACGGUGUGAAGGUGCCCACCACCCUGGCAGAGUACUGCGUCCGCACCCGCGCCCCUCCACCUGAUGAGGGCUCCAACCUCUUCUAUGAUGAUUACUAUGACGACGAGGACCUGGAGGACGAAGAUGAGGAUAAUGACGAGGACUGCUGCUAUGACGAAGAUGACUCGGGAACAGAGGAGUCUUGACGAUCCACAACCGCCCCCCCCCCCACUCCUCUUUUGAACUCACACCCCCUAAGCCCCCUUACCCAGCCCUACAGAUCCCGUACCCAGCCCUACAGAUCCCGUACCCAGCCCUACAGACCCGUACCCAGCCCUACAGAUCCUCCCACUGAGUGCAGACACAUGCACAUUGAAUCCAGAUUGAUUUUAAAGUUAGAUUGUUUGUCUGUUUCUGGUGUUUUUAUUUCCCCGGGCAUCGGAGUGUUAGAAAGCCAAUGCUUGCUCUACAAACUAUUGCCUUGGUUUGUUCUUCAUGGUGACACCCCUGAAUUCUCAAUUACUGAUUGCUUUUGAGUUUUUUUUCCAUAUGGACUAUGUCUCCUGAAGAGUUUGUUUCAGUGUGUGUUGGCAUUGAGGCGGUCUGGAGAGCAAGAGAGAUGCCGCAGCUGACCUGUGACCUUUCGUCUGAUUGACGGCUAUGACACGCCUUCCUGCCUUUCUGGCACACACAGCUAGCUGAGUCUCGGGGCACUACUGACGUGUCACUCUUGGGUCUGGGCUUCCUCAUAACUGUCUAUAGUAUUUGAUGGCCUGUAAUGAUUUGAAGGGCAUAUCUGCAGACGAUGUUUGGAUGCUAAUGUACUCUUUUGAAGACCUAUGCAGUCUCCUAUACCUGUGUUACAGUGCGUUGCAGUGGUCUGAGCUUGACCUAUAGCAGGGGUUCCCAACCCUUUUCAGUUCCUGUACCACCGACAGAACUUUGCUCGGCUCAGAGUCCCCCUGAAGUACCUCCUCAUGUUAAUUUCACUAGUAAGCGUAUGGUGUCAUGAGUGUUUUCAGGUACCACCCUGUGGAGAGGUCCAGUACCCUCAGGGUCCCUAGUAACCAUGGUUGGGAACCACUGACCUAUAGGGUUAACACACGGCUCCUAACAGAUCACCACCACAAGCUGUUUCACUGAGUCCAAUGUCACAUGCUUUACUGCUGUAGUUCUGAUGUCUGGGUGGUGGGUAAUUAUUUGUUCUCUCGAAUGCAGGGCAGGAUCGCUUUGAGGAGAGAUUGCUUGCGUUAACUAAAUAUCGCUAGCCAGUGUCUAUUAGACUACUCUCUAUAAGCCUGUGCAGCAGUCGCGGCUAACGGCAGCCAUUUUGAGUGAGCUGAUUAUUUUUGACUGCAUCCUUUAUCCCUCCGCUACACCUUUCACGUCUGUACAGGUGCACUGCCUAGAAUCCCCCAAAAAGGAAAGAAAGCGUUUGAACGUUAUUAACGUAACCCAGCAUUUCUGCUUUUUUUCAGUAGUGUGUAAAUGCUCAUUCAUUGUGGUUAAUUAAUGGGAAGUUUUAAAUAUAAUAAGGGCACUUCCCGUCUUUAAUGACACCUGGUUUGGAAGGUCAAUAGGACAUGUGAAGAAGAGGUCAUUCAGCCAUCCCACUAGCAUGUCCAUGUUAAGUGUUUAUGGCUGGUGUUGGAUGGUGUUAGGCUGUAGGGAAACUCAUGAGUCCCAUACUUGAUUCUAACUAGUGUAUGUUGAGAAGACUGAGGGCUCUCCUUUUAGCUUCUUUUGAUGUUGUCUUUUACUUCAAAAUUAAGGUGUAAGGGUUUUGCCUUGCAUGUACUAAGUGCUCUGAUUCUCCACCUUAUGUUUUGUCACACUGUGUAAUGGCUAUUAUUCAUCAGACUUAGCAGUCCAUUUGCCAACAGUUUUUCAAUACAGACAUUUUAAUGUAUACAGAAAAGCUGGUGAUAUUGACUGACCCUGUACUCUUUAACAUUAUUUGCGUUAACAUCUUGAGUAUGAAGCAUGUAUAUACAGUCUCUCACAAAAGUGAGUACACCCCUCACAUUUUUGUAAAUAUUUGAUUAUAUCUUUUCAUGUGACAACACUGAAGAA